UCGUGCAGAAUGGCGUCAGGUUGUUAUCUCUCAACCGUCGUAAGCUUAAAUUGCCGCCAGCGGCACAGUUGCUGUCCAAAUACAAUUCAAAUAUGCCUUCAAAUUCUCCGAUCAGAACUGUCGCAGUCAUCGGCGCUGGGCCAUCCGGCCUAUCAGCUGUAAAAGCACUAGAUGAAGAGAAGGCUUUUGACACAAUCCGUGUGUUUGAAAGAAGAGACAGAGUUGGUGGAACCUGGCUGUACGAUGAGAUUCCUGACACAUUCAAUUCGACCUUGGUCUCGCCGCAGCACAACGAGGUCCCCUCGCAAUUACCUACCUUCACGCCUCCCGCACCAGAGGAUCCAACAACAAGGACAGGAUUGUAUCAGUACCUCGACAGCAAUGUUGGUGCCGCUGUAAUGGAAUUUACUUACGCAUCGAUUCCAAAGAUCAAUUCAGCCCUGUCAGUGCGACGAUUCGGCCAUGCAAACCCAACCCGACCUUGGAAAGUCGUUGCUGAUUACCUGGAAGACAUUUUUGCGAAGCAUCUGUACCGAGUCUCAUUCAACACCACUGUCGAAAGUAUUCGCAAAAAUAUAGAGACCGGUAAAUGGGACAUUGUGCUGCGGCAGUCGGAUGUCCGCUUUAAGGGCCAAGGUUACGAUUACUGGUGGACCGAGAGUUUUGACGCUGUGGUUGUCGCGACAGGCCAUUACAGUGUGCCAUAUAUCCCGAAAAUUCCAGGCAUCGAAGAAUGGUACAAACGCUGGCCUGAUCGUCUCCAGCAUUCAAAACAGUUCCGCAGCCGGGAUGCAUACGUUGACAAGUCCGUUGUUGUAGUUGGUGGCAGCGUGUCUGCGAGCGACUUCGUGCUUGACACAUACAAAUCUGUCCGUGGUUCGUUGAUUAUAGCGCAGCGAGGCGAGAAUGCGAACCCGGCACUCGAUGAUGUUUGGAAACUGCCUGGCGUCACCAAAAAGCCGACGAUUUCGCGCUUUACGCUUGAAAAUGAUGGAACGGUCGAGUUCAGUGAUGGAAGCUGGAUAUCUGGUGCUGACGUGGACGUCGUCUACUUUGCCACAGGAUACAGGCUAUCUUAUCCCUUUCUCGAACCCAACCCCGUCACCGCAAAGAACCGACUGGCAGGUUUCUAUCAGCACACUUUCAACGUUGCCGAUCGAUCGCUUGCAGUCGUGGGUCAGAUCCGCGCUGCUCUCUCAUUCCGCGCAUACGAGUAUCAGGCUGUGGCUGUAGCCCGUGUACUUGCUGGUCGCGGCACCUUACCAUCCACCGCUGAGCAAACCAAAUGGGAGGAAGACCGAAUCAAGCGCUUAGGUCCGACGCACAUCUUCCAUACUAUUGCACCGGAUUUCGCGGAGUACUUUGAUACGCUGAGAACGAUUGCUGGGCCUCCAGCGGAGGGAUCUGAGGCUUACGAGCUGCCACCGUGGGAAGAUGAGUGGGCGAAGAAGGGUUUCGGAGUAUUGGAGCUGAAGGGCGAGUAUGUGAAACGGAUACAGGCGAAGGAGAAACUCCUUGCCAAGCUGUAGAUCGUGCAUCUUGGAUAAGUAGCCACUGCAAGAAUAAGCUCAUAAUUAUUUCCUGUUCAUAUUACCCUUCUUGGUCUGAAGUUUAUUGUUGCUGACAGAGCUCAGGAAAGGUCUGACUCUCACACACCGGCAGGCCUGACAUCUUGCUUACGGUGACCUUCCCGAACAGGUAUAUGUGUUUGGACAUUGCCACUUGGGAUGUGAUAACUGAUUAUCAGUACGGCCGUUAGAUGUGGGCUGCACAAAGGCCAAGAGCUGGUCUAGUCGCUUGGUGGGUUUGAAGAUGACGCGUGUUCAUUUUCUAUUCAGCAGACUGUCUCUGUCUCGUACACAACUCACCGAUACAACACCGAGUUCGUAAGGUGAUGAGUAUCAAAUAUAAUAGAGAUUCGCUAUCGUAAACUCAGGUCUUUG